AUGCCCUCCCUUCGAACUGGCAGAGCCUCCAAAGCCUGUGAUUCGUGCCGCAAGAACAAGACGAGAUGCUAUGCGUCCGGCAAGAUCAAGGGCACUUGUUUGCGCUGUGAAACUCUGUCGCUCGAAUGCUCCCUGAAGGAGGACUUGGCCGGGAAUGCGCUGCUCGACCACGUUGAGCAAGCGACCACGGCUGCGGCAUCGUCUUCUCAUGCUGCAGUGGUGGAUGCAAGACUCGACAGGCUGGAGGCGCUGGCCGACAAACUUGUCAGCCGUCUCGAGUCUAUCCUCGACAAUGUUGCGUCUGUCACACAGGAACACCACCGUCGCACCCCGCCUCUGAGCGAGAAUGGGUCGGGAGUAACCUCACACUACCCCGGUCCUCGCGAGAGACACCCGGCUCCGGUAUUUCUCAUCCGUGACGCGUGUACCGAUGCCGGUGUCCGCUCGCCCGAGCACCAUGAAGCCGGCGAGAGUCAAGAUGUGAUAUCGACAGGUCUCGUCCCCCUGCCCACGGCGCACACGCUGCUCAGAAUAUUUCAUGUCCACUAUGGCCGAUGGGUCAAGUUCUCGGAGGACUUAUCUAGCGAGGCACUCUUGCCUCAGGUUCGACACUCACCAUUGCUGCUCUGUAGCCUGUUUCUGAUUGCUGUGCGACACACCACUGACCAGCUGGCGGACCAACUUGCCCCGAGAUUGUUCCAAGAGGCGAAACGGCUGCUCAGCGCUUCUUUGCUUACUGUGCCUCAGGGAAUCGAGUUUUACCAGUCCAUCGUGAUUCUAAGUCUUUGGUCAACAACCAUCGGCCAGGUGCCGCUGAGCGUCGAUAGCUGGAUGAUAACGGGGUAUGCUUUGCAGCAAGCCAUGGCCAGCCCUUUCUUCAUAGAUGCCUUUCAGUGCACCACAGCUGCGCCCGUCACCAAGGCCCAUUGCGACGCAUGGUGUCUUUGGACCCAUCUAACACUGGCGCAUCUCCACAUAAAUGGAUAUCUCUAUUCGAAAAGAGAACUCUCGACGCUAAGCACAGGUGUAGAUCAACCCCGAUCUCAGUUCCUUCAGAUGGGAUUCCACUUUGCUCAUCUGUUCGCCUAUUAUCAGAGCCUAAGAUCGGCACAAACUGGCAUGGAUAUUGCCACUCUGUCCGAAAUGAUACGAUUAUCAGAAACCAUCAUCAAGCUCGCGAUCAACACGGCCGAUGAGCGAACUCGCCACUUGACCGAUCAUAUCUACCACCUCAUCACAUUUUCAGCACUCACACUUUGCCAGGUUAUUCACAAUUACGAGCCACAGCUUACGACAGCAGGCUACGAUUUAUAUGUGCUGGAUUCACUAAUUUUUACGCUGAUCAACUGGUUUGGCUCUAUUGGUCUGCGGUGCCAUGUUGCCCAUAUAUUAGGGGAUAUUAUUUCAGCACAGUUUCAGAAGCUGCGCCCUGGCUUUCGACCGUCCAGCAUCCCGCCGACUUACAACUUGAUUGGGAAUGAGGCAGUCCUCCCACUCUUCGAUGAGCAAUCCCCCCACCGCCCCAGCAUCGCAUUCACAUACCCCAAUGUUAUUGGUUUGGAUUUGUUUUCGGUUAAUGAUGAUACCAUGCCGUGGCCGCAAUGUGUCUAA